UGCGGCGGGGCCGGGCGGCGGCCGCGGGCCCUGCGGCCCCCUCUGGCGGGCGGCGGCCGCGCUGCGCGGCGGUCGCUCGGUCGGUCGGUCGGUGUGCCGGGGUGUGUGUGUCGGUCUGUGUGUCGGGCCGGGGCUGCGCCUGCGGCGAUGAAAUUCCCCGGCUCCGUCCUCGUCUCCGUCGUCCUCUUCGUGGCCGAGACGGCGGCCGCGCUGUGCCUGAGCGGCGCGUACCGGGCGGCGGGGGACCGCAUGUGGCAGUGGCUGACGCUGCUCUUCGCCCUGCUGCCCUGCGCGCUGGUGCAGCUCAGCCUGGUCUUCAUCCACCGCGACGUGAGCCGCGACCGGCCGCUGGUGCUGCUGCUGCACCUCCUGCAGCUCGGGCCCCUCGUCAGGUGUGUGGAAGUCUUUUACAUUUACUUCCAUGCCGGCAGAGUCGAAGAGCCGUAUGUCAGCAUCACGAAGAAGAGGCAGAUGCCCAAGGAUGGGUACUCGGAAGAAGUUGAGAAAGAAGUGGGCCAGGCCGAAGGCAAGCUGUGUACGCACAGGUCUGCAUUCAGCAGGGCCUCUGUGAUCCAGGCAUUCCUCGGCUCAGCCCCCCAGCUCACGCUCCAGCUCUACAUCUGUGUCCUGCAGCAGGAGAUAACGGCUGCCAGAAGUGUUUUUAUGGUCCUUUCCCUCCUGUCAAUUGUAUAUGGCGCCUUACGCUGCAACAUCCUGGCUAUUAAGAUUAAGUAUGAUGAUUACGAUAUCAGUGUGAAACCAGCUGCCUACCUCUGCAUAUUCAUGUGGAGAAGCUUUGAGAUUGCUACGCGGGUUAUAGUGCUGGUCCUUUUCAGCUCAGUCCUUCAGAUCUGGACUCUCCCUGUUGUGCUAGUGAAUUUCUUUGUUUUUUUCUUUUACCCAUGGAUUCUCUUCUGGCAAAGCAAGUCCCCGUUUCCUGAGAACAUAGAGAAGGCAUUGAGCAGGGUCGGCACCACCAUUGUCUUGUGCCUUCUCACCUUCUUGUACGCAGGCAUUAACAUGUUCUGCUGGUCGGCAGUGCAGGUGAAGCUCAAUGAUCCUGACUUAAUUAACAAGUCCCAAAACUGGUACCGUCUGACUGUGUAUUAUAUGCUGCGAUUCAUUGAGAAUGCAUUCCUCCUGCUGAUGUGGUACAUCUAUAAAACUGAUAUCUACUUGUACGUCUGCGCCCCGUUGUUGGUCUUGCAGCUCCUGAUAGGUUACUGCAUGGCUGUCCUCUUCAUGUUGGUGUUCUACCAGUUCUGUCACCCAUGCAAAAAACUCUUUUCAUCCAGCAUUACCGAAGGUUUGCUCUCCUGUUUCAAGUUCCUCUGCUUUGUUUGCAAGCCUCCUAAGUCUACCAGAGUAACAGACAAGGCAGAGUUGAAAUCAUCUGAAAAUGCUGAUGAAUCACAGAGCAGUACCAAGACAACAGAUUCUCAAAAUGGGAAUCGUCAUCAAAGUGUUUCUUCCAAUGCCUAGUGUAACUGGAAACAAGUAUGUGCCUUGGGAAGGUUGCAGGUCACCUGCUGGGAAUGUUGGGCAUCUUGGAUAUUGUGUCUUGUGGGUGGGUUUCCUGUCUUGCAGGUGUAUGCUGCAUGAAGACUGACAAGCCUACCUUUAUGGAAAGCGUUGUUUAUGGGUAUGUGUAGCUGUGCGUGUUUAUGUAUGAAUGUAAAAAGCAGUCAGUGUUUGCAGACUUUUGUUUCAGAUUCUUCUCGACAUGGUUUUAUCAUGUGCUCAAUUUGAAAUCGUUAUAGAGGACAUCCUUCAAAAACUAGCCUGAUUCUCAUCUUACUCAGGAAAUCUGAGGAUGGAAGGAAAUGCAUUUUAUUUCAGAUAAGAUGUCAUUAAGGCAUGCCACCCUAGCAUGGAAACAGAGCAUAGUCUUUGACCAUAUAAUUGACUAUUGCUGUGGUCUGCUUUCCUCAGAUGGCAGACUUUUUUACAUUCUAAUCAAUGUCAUAAAAUAAUUCUUCUCUCUGUGGCAUAAGAAUUUGACUUCUACAAUGCACAGUAGCUUAGGUUGCCAAGAAAUGGCUAAUUAGCCAGCGCUAAUACUGAAAUGUGACUGUCACUGAGAAUGGACAGAGGGGUUAUUGGCUUAUGCACUGUUUUACUCUUCAUAUAUGCUGCUUGUUAGUAAGGGAAUUAAAUUUAACACAUUAAUUGUAAUGUUCUGGAAUAGCUCGCUGUUCUGAUAUAAUCAUUUAAAUAAUACUUUAUUAUUUGUGUUAUUUUGGUAUUAGGGUGGGGUUCACUUUACAUGACUUGAAAUAUCUAGAAGCUGGGUGGAUUGUAUGAACUAGUCAGGUAGGUGCUCUCCAGGGAAUAUCUCCAGUGAGUGAUUCAGCACAUCUUAAAAUGUUGUCUUGGGUGACACGGAUCAUCCUCUGGAGACCUAUUACUCAGUUUUAACCAGAUGUCUUGACCACUAGUCUUGACCAUGUCUCCAUUUUAGAUGGCUAAAGUUAGUAGGGACAAGUGCUACUGUAUUUGAUAGUCACCAAGCAGGCAACUCAGUGACUUGUUAAGUGGAGAUAGAAAAGACUGAGUCCUUUUUGAGGCCGUGAUGUAUUAUGGCUAGGUUGAUAUCGGUACUGCAAAAACCUCAGGCUUCUUUUACCUCAGAAUCACCACAGGCUUGAAAUCUGAAAGAAAAUGGGAGUUGUUGACUUUUUCUUCAAUGCACUAUAUCACCACCACAAAUAAAAGUGUUUUGCAAAUCACUGAGAAAACUUUAGCAGAUGGACAGCCAAGAAGUACAAUUUAGUAGAAAUACACAAAAAAAAAAAAAAAAAAAAAACUGCAUUUAAAAAAAAAUUAAGUGAAAGCUUUUUGCACUUUGAUGGCUUAGCACCUUGGGUUUCUUCUGUGCGUGACACAUUGUGGCUGCUAGCAGAAAAAGAACAAUUAAUGAUUCAAAGUACCUUCUAAUGUCCUCAGCUUAACUUCCAUCCUACUUUAUGGAAGAUGAGAAGUUCUUCAGCAGGGAUGAUAUCAACACCGUUUCAUUAGAAACGUCAAGUUGGGGUCUGAGGUCAUCUGUAAUGAGAUGUCACAUGCAGUGCUGCACAGAGCUAAGCCAUUUCUAUUUUUUUAUUUUUUCCUUUACUGCACUGUAAAUGAAUGUCUUCCUACUUCAAUUUUAUAAUGGAGUUAUGUUUUUUAUUUUGCUCGAUGUGUGUAUGUGUGUUGUAUGUAUAUGUAGAUCUCAUUAAAUUAUUGGUGGGUGGUAAUAGGAGUUUUUGGCAUGAGCCUACUAUGGGAAUGUACUUGAUAUAUUUGGGGAAGUCACCCAAACCCAACAUCUCUAACUUCUCUCUCCGAGUAGCAUUAGAAUAGUGAGGUGAUUCCUUGAAGACACUACAGUAUUUCUCUGUACUUCUGUACCUAAAGGUGCAGUAUAGUAUUUCCUUGCACUUUUCUAGAUGUAGAAGAGUAUUUUCCGUGAAAGGAGCAAGUGAGAAUGUGACCUCUUGAUUCCAAACCUUCACAGUUCAGCACAUGGGGCCAAUUUUUCAGGUAUUCUUAGAACUGAAUAUCUAAUUUCAUAGUUGGGUGGUCAUUGAUGAUCAGGCAAUUAAAGGCAUUGCCUAACUACAUAAGCACCCAGGUGUGAAAUUUUAGUCUUUGAGAACAAAGCGACUUCUUGUGUAGAAGUACUUCACAGCUAAGAAGAGAGCUCUCGAGUCUUUGAAUCAGACUUUGGACAUUGGAAGUGAUGGUCCAAUUGUGAUUUUGCCACUUGAAAACUGUGAAAACUCCACAAACCUCAGCUGGUGAAAUGCUUAUGCUACAGAGAACUCAACAGUAGGAAGCUGUAAGCGACCCAGCCGGGAGUCCAGUAUGUAUAUGCAGUGAGCACCGUUCAACUUCACAUGCUAAUGAUGAAGACUAACGUAUAUGCAUAUUUUUAGAGAAUGUACCAUAUUACUUCCUAUUUUUAUACUAGUCUUCUCAAGUGCAUGCACAGAAGCCUGAAUAUUUAAAUCAUUGUUUUGAAAAUAAGAUUGUAUGGCUUAUAUCACUGUCGUAUGGUAUUGCCUUAGGUACAGACUAGCCAAAUACUAGCCAAAUACAGUUUAAACAUAGCAUUAACAUGAGUGCCAUUGCUUUUUCUGUCCUUCUUUUUGCUGUGCCUCAUUAACUGUGAGUGCCAUUGCUUUUUCUGUGCCUCGUGUCAUCACAGCAUCACGUUCAGAUUGACUGACUAGCCAUAUUGCUGUUCUGUUUAUGUUUUGAUCCUGCGGUGCUGCCAUUGCUGGUAGAAAGAAGGAAUGAGAGGGAGUCAGAGACAAAGAUGUUCUGUUGCAUCAAGACCAGUGUUUUCGAGGACAAGCUUAUGUUUCUGAAGUGUGCGAUAAUGCCAGGAGAUGCAGUUUUUUCCCAGGAUGGCGACAGUCUAGAUAGUAUUAUUAUCAAUACACCUAGUGGCUGCACUGAGAGAAGGGUAGUAUUAACUAGGAAGGACGUAUGUGUAUGAAAGAGUGAUGUCUUGCUGCGAGCUUACUGUGGUUUUUCAAUGUGAGAGGUGUAUAUGUUCAAUGGAAGGGUAUAGGGCUAAUGUUAAAAACUUAACUCACUUGAGUAGUCCUGAGUCACACAAAGGAUUGCUCAGUAAGGAUUGUUCAUGUAUAUGAGUAUGCAAGAUCUGGUACGUCUUUUAUACUUGUAAAACAACACGAAUUAAAAUGUUGAAACACUAA